AUGGCCAACAUCGCAAACCCCCGCCCACUGUGUCGUCGAUUUCUGCCUGGUCCCGGUAAGCAACCCAUUGGCACCUCUUCGCCUUCAGUCGCAGACCAAGUCGCCGACAUCCAGCGACUGGUUGAAACCUGCGGCUUGAAGUAUGUCAUGCAUUCCGCAGGCACAACCCUCGAAGGCUCCUGGGACCGGGUUCAUCAGGUUAUCGGACAGGCGCAUACGAUUAUUCAUCAGAAGGGCGUUGUUCGGAUUCAUACUGAUGUUCGAGUUGGAACUAGGACUGAUAAAGUGCAGUCCUUUGAGGAUAAGGUCACCAAGGUGCAGGAGAUAUUGGGAAAGAAGUAG